CAGCUCAGGAAGUUGGAAAAGUUAUUCGCUGCAGGGAGCUUCACCCCAUUUGACACAAGCUGGAUACAUGGGAGCAGCCCAGUGCUCGGUGACAUCAUGCCUGAUGUGGGAUUCCAUGUGAUGCUGACCACUGUCCUGUCUGGCAUCCUGCUGGUGGCCGUGAUGGCAUUGCUUUGCUUCUUUUGCUGCAGACUGGCUGGUUCACUGCCCCUGGCUGGACCUGGUCGCUUUUAAUGAGCGCCGAUGCGUCCGAGGAGUCGUAAAAGCAACAGCUGUGAGGCGACUGCACACAGGCUUCCUCAGCUUCUCAAAGUGGCAUGUUAAGGCUGUCUGGUGGAACGCGUCAGCCACACUGAGACAACAACAUGAAGGUGACAGCCCUGCUCAUCAUAUGCUCCUGUCUGAUGUUGGGAAGCUUGGGAAAGCCAAAAUUUCCAGAACAGGAGAAGGAUCCCAAGUACUGGAACACGUGGGCCCAGCAGACCCUGAAGAACGCUUUGACGCUGCAAAAUCUCAAUACAAACAAAGCAAAGAAUCUCAUCCUCUUCCUCGGAGAUGGGAUGGGCGUUCCCACGGUGACGGCCGCUCGAAUACUGAAGGGUCAGCUGAACGGACAGAGCGGAGAAGAGACGCAGCUGGAGAUGGACAAGUUCCCUUUUGUGUCAUUGGCCAAGACAUACAACACUAACGCGCAGGUGCCAGACAGUGCUGGCACUGCCACAGCUUACCUCUGCGGGGUCAAGGCCAACGAGGGCACGGUGGGCGUGAGUGCAGCUGCUGUCCGAUCCCAGUGUAACAGCACACGGGGCAACGAGGUCACCUCCAUCCUCAGAUGGGCUAAGGAAGCAGGCAAGUCAGUGGGAAUAGUGACAACGACCCGAGUCAACCAUGCCACGCCCAGCGCUGCUUACGCCCACAGCGUGGACCGAGACUGGUACUCGGACAACGAGAUGCCAGAGGACGCUCUGAAGGACGGCUGCAAGGACAUCGCCAGGCAACUCUUUGAAAACAUCCCUAACAUUGAUGUGAUUUUGGGCGGAGGCAGGAAGUACAUGUUCCCAAAGAACAUGUCGGAUGUAGAGUACCCCGACGUCCCCAAGCACAGCGGCACGCGGAAAGACGGCAGAAACCUGGUGCAGGAGUGGACCGACCGAGUGAAGGACAAAAAAGGCCAUUAUGUAUGGAACAAGAAGCAGCUCUUAUCACUGAACCCUAACAGCGUGGAUUACCUACUGGGUCUCUUUGAACCUGUGGAUCUACCAUACGACUUGGAGAGGAACAGUAACACGGAUCCCUCGCUGACAGAGAUGGUGGACGUGGCCAUCAAGAUCCUAAAGAAGAACCCCAGUGGGUUUUACCUGCUCGUUGAAGGAGGACGCAUUGAUCACGGACACCAUGAAGGCAAAGCCAAGCAGGCUCUACAUGAAGCUGUGGAAAUGGACCGAGCCAUUGGCCGGGCAGAUCUCAUGACCAGCCUCCAUGAUACACUCACUAUAGUCACUGCUGAUCAUUCGCAUGUGUUCAACUUCGGAGGCUACACAGCCAGAGGAAACACAAUAUUUGGUCUGGCCCCAAUGUUGAGCGAUAUUGACCAGAAGCCCUUCACCUCCAUCAUAUAUGGGAACGGACCAGGUUACAAACUUGUUAACGGCGUGAGGGAGAAUGUCUCCACCGUUAACUACCAGGAUAACAACUACCAGGCCCAGGCCGCCGUGCCGCUGAGCAUGGAGACUCACGGGGGAGAGGACGUGGCCGUGUUUGCGAAAGGUCCCCUGGCUCACUUGCUCCACGGUGUCCACGAGCAGAACUACAUCCCCCACGUGAUGGCGUACGCAGCCUGUAUCGGCCAGAACAGGGACCACUGUAUGUCACGCAGCGGGUCCGGAGACCUACGCCCCGUCCUCUCCAGCAUCGCGGCCCUUCUCACAUUCACCCGCCUUCUGUGCUGA